AGUACACGUGACGUCAGCAACGCUAAAGGAGUGGAAAAAGUGACAAUGAGUAAAGGAGGCAAGAGAUACUUUAAUAAGAAGAACAAGGGUGGAAACUGGGUUAUUCACACUGGUGUGUCACAGACUGGACAAACACGAGAUCUGUGUACCAGCACAGGUUCAAUGCUGGCACGUGGAGUUCCUCAACCCCUGACACAAGCAGAAGAGAGGUAUCCCAAAAUAUUCAUCAAUCCUGAAAAGAAAACAAUGUGCAGAGAAUAUCCGUUGUCAGUGCAUGAUAACUGCACAGCACUGCAGCACACUAUUGACGUGUAUGAUCAGGGUUUCGGCCGUAAGAAAUGCCUUGAUGAGCGUCGCCAGCAUAACUCUCAUUUCUACCUGUGCCAUUAUGAUGACAUCUUGAGUCCGGUUAGCACAGCAAAGUGGGACCACUCAGCUCGAACCGACUUCCUGCCUAAACAGGAAACGGAGGAAACGGAGGGCAGAGAAGACACACUCAGAAGACGCUUCCCCAGAGAUCACUCAGCGAGGUCUCAAAUGAACGCUAAGGCUCAGGCCGGGGAGUGUUUUAUGUGGUUUGGGAGGGAUGACUCUAACCAGCACACUCCACUAAGUGUACUAGCAGUCGCCAACCUCUCAUUAACCCCCUAAAUAAGACAAUCAGAGAUGACCAGACUGCAAUCGAUGUUUGUGAC